UGCAACUGGAUCAAACUAUUUUUUUGCAAGAUUUUUCUGUUAUGUUCCAUUGCCAUAUAUUUGCAAAUAUGAAUCACCUUCUCUGCAGGAAAAUCUUUUGAUCUAUAUAAAGGAUGUUGGAACAACUGAAGUUGUAUUUAGCUUGGAUAAUUUGAAUGGUUGGAAUAAUUUGAAUAAGUGGCUAAAAUUAGGAUAUAAAAUUAUCAUAAAAUAUUAUUUAGAUUAUGCAGAACAAUAUUUUGAGAGCAUACCCCCAAAUACUACAGAAAAAGCAAUUACCCUUCUGUCUCCUGGCCAUGUGUACAGCUUUUUACUCUUUGCACUAAAUGAAUGGGAGGCUAAAACUAUGCUAAGUCCAGUAUUCAUUGUUGAAACACGCCCGUUGUCAGUCCAAAAUGUCACAGUUACUCAUGUGACCCCAACAGAAAUAUUUUUACAUUGGGAUCCUCCAGAUCCUGAGUCUUUUCACCAUUAUCUUGUAACUACUUUGGAUGUUCAAGAUAAUAAAUCAGAAGAGGUGUUUGUUGAAAAACUCAACAUAUCAACAGCAAUUAGAGGUCUCAAAUCUUUCCACCAUUAUUUGAUAUAUCUAUUUAGUGUAGCAGAACGAGGAACUUUAAGCUGCUUUGAGCAACCUAUUUCAGCCAUUACAGGUGUAAAUCCACCACAGAAAGUUUAUGCUAAACCUGAUGACGUGGGGGAGGACAGUAUAAUUCUUCAGUGGGAAUCCACACAAGAUGGCCAUGAGGUCUACAUUCAAAUCAAAUCCAUACCAGAUAAAAGAGAAGUCAUGACUUUUUUUGUAAAGGAUGCUAAUAGAUUCAAGAUUGAUAAUUUAAUCCCUGGAAUGACUUAUGACAUUGGAAUGGCAACAGUGAUGAAUGGGAAUUUGAGUGAGCUGGUAACUAUUCAACAAACUCUAAAGCCCAAACCAGUACAAAUUGUUAUUCCUUAUGAAAGUUAUAGUACCUCUGUAAUCUUAUUUGUUCAAACACCUGAUAUUGGAGUGUUUGAUGGCAUACAGAUUGUAACUGAAGGAGGGCCAAAUGUAACCAGGCCUUUAAAACAUGACAAUAAAAUAACCGUUGACAACUUAACCCCAGGCACAGAAUAUAAUUUCUUUGUUUCCAUCAUCAGUGGGACUAAAUUAAGUGAUGUAUAUUAUGUGCCUGCAGUAAAAACAUGUUUGGAGGCACCAUCAAUUAUCCAUGAGGGCAAAGUUACAGACUCUUCCAUAGAAAUUCUCUGGAAUCGAGCUGAUGGGAAUUUUCAGCAUUAUGAAAUCACAUGCAUAAACUGUGCUGACAUUUUCAUGGUUCAGAAGGUAGUGCAAGAAGCAGCAACAUUCUCUAACCUGGAGCCUGCUACAGUGUACACUUUUUCAAUUCGCACAGAGAAAGAAGGUUUUAAAGACAGCACUCCUAACAUAAAAGAAAUACAGACAGCCCCAAGUGCAGUUGAAUUUAUGAACCAUAGGAGAAACUCAAGUGCAGUAACUGUUAACUGGCCUUCACCCAGAAGUCUUCUGGAUGGGUACAUUAUUUCAAUAUCCAGUGAAAGGUUAACAAAAGAAGAAAUCCUGCCUUCCACAAAAAGGACAUUCACAUUUGAUAACCUUUCUCCAGGGACUGACUUUUCAGUUAGCAUUAUAACUACCAAGGGAUUAAAGAGAAGCCAUCCUAUUGUCCUCAUGGUUAGCACUUGUCCAGAACCACCAUCAGACCUGCUAAUUUUUGGGCAGGAAGAAAACACAAUAUAUUUGUCUUGGAAAUUCCCACAAGGAGGCUUCGAAAAGUUUCAGAAUCUGCAUUUAAGUGAAAUCAUAUGUUAUCCUGUGAUCUUACAAGGUGUGGUAGGCAGUGUGCUGGAACAGAAGGAUCAAAGCCCUGGAAUUUCUUGCUUUGAAUCCCAACUUCACCUCAACUGUGAGACCUUGGACAAGUUUUUAUAUUCUUUGGUAUCUUAUUGUAUGACAUCUAGAAAGGAAAAGCUAUUUAAAGUAAUUGUUUAUGGAAACAAAGUCCAAGUAAAGAAUUUGACUCCAGGUGUGGACUACAUGUUUCACGUGAAGACAGUUAGAGGCAAAGACUACAGUGUAUCCGUGAUGAAAAAAGUGACUACAAAGCCGGAAAAGCCAGAGAAACUUAAAGCCUUCAAUAUCUCCGCACAUUCCUUUUCUCUGCGCUGGAGCCUGCCCUCCGGCCACGCGGAAGGGUUUCAUGUGGAUCUGGUUCCUGACAGUGGCUUUGUUUCUAUCAAAGAUCUUGGAGGCGGAGAGUAUCAGGUGUAG